UCCCGAUGAGAGCCAGCUGCCCGAGGCGCGACAGAUGGAGGACUAUCACCGUAAAUGGCUAACGUCUAAUGCGCGGUUCCAGGAUUCGUGGGAGAGAAUGGCGUACGCGAAUCUGCCGCAUUAUACAGAUGUCGACCCGUCCAUCUGCUCCAGCUUAUUGGAGAUUUAUUGGGCUUGGCAGGCUCCCUUGCACAAUUGUGUCUAUCGACGAUGCUUUUUCCGCGACAUGGCCCUUGGAGGGCCGUAUUUCUCCCUGUUCCUCCUGAACGUAAUCUUCGCCCAUGCGUGUCGACACAUGCCAGACGACGACCCCAGAUUUGCGCCCUUUGACAGGGGAGACCUAUUUCUGAAAAAGGCCCUACUACUGCUCAUUGAUGAGAUGGAGGAGCCAAAGCCGAGGAUUCCCACCAUCCAGGGGUUAUUGAUUUUGGGCGGCCGGCAGUGUGCCGUGGGCAAGAGUAGUCAGGGGUGGCUAUAUACGGGAAUGGCAAUUCGCAUGGUUAUAGAUCUAGGGCUUCAUCUGAAACGCCCUGCAACUGUAUUGAUGAAGGACUACGAGCCCGAUGAUCUAGAGGUGCGAAAGCGCCUAUACCUAUCCGUGUACGCAUGGGAUAAGUCCAUAAGCCUCUGCUUGGGACGGCCGCCAUCACUUCCCACCUUGCCACACCCGGCCUCGACACUGUUUGAUCUAUCAGACGAUAGAGAUAUCUGGCAACCGCCUCGGGUCCUCCAUACAGACAAGACUUACCCAGAGACCAGAUGCUACAGCACGCUGACAUUAAAGCACUUCUGCGAACUCGCCGAGGUCAUUAACGAGAGCUACAGCACAGUCUACAGUGGAACCGCUCGCAACAUCACUCCAGCUUCCAUAUUCGGGUUGGAGCGAAAGCUACACGCAUUUCACCGGCGGCUUCCCGAUGCACUGCGUAUUGAGGAUCCAUCCAACCUCCAAUCUUGCGUUCCACCGCAUAUUCUCCUCUGUUUGAAUAUCCUCUACCACACGACGCUAAUCCUGAUCUUCCGGCCCUUCUUCAUCUGGCGAUGGCAUGCUAACCUACGCCAACGCCCUCUAGCCCUCCGCGCCGAAACCGUCUGCACGGAGCAGGCAGCGGACGUAAACGAGCUGUUCCGGGCCUACGGACGACUCUUCAACUUCCAAUACCAGAGCUAUCUUGUCUCCUACUGCGUGUACACUGCCGCCACCAUCGACGUACGCCUCAUGCGUCACGAAGACCGGACCAUAGCCGACACAGCUGCCGACCGACUAACCGUGACCUUGCGAAUGCUCGAAACCGAAGUCAAACAAACCCCGGGCAUCCGACGCAGCACCGAGAUCAUUCGCUCGCACUUGGAUAAUCCCGCUAACGACAUGGGGCCCCAGCCCGAAGGCAGAGGAGACCCGUGCCACAGUCCCUCAGCUGUUCAGGACCAGAGUGUCGACACUGUCACGGAUCCGUCAGACCUGUCAGUCAUGGACGGACUGCCUUUUAUUAUGGACGCGCCUAUGGAGAUGACGCCUGCCAUGAUGGAUUGGGGCGUGGAUGACUCUGGGGGCGGCUUCGUUCCGAACAUGGCGUACUGGACGCCGUUCAGCCAGCCAUUCUAG